AAGUUCUGGUUGUCUCAUUGCUGCCUUGACUAGUCGCUCAGACAACAAUUGGCAACAAAAUCUGUUAGUUUGGAUGCACGUUUAACAAAAUUCUGUUUUUAAAUGGGACGAUACAAAUGUGCCUACGACUGCGAAAGCUCCGGCGAGUCGGAUGUGAAGUAUUUUAAAUUUCCCCUCUACAAUCCCCGAAAGCUCAAGAAAUGGCUCAGCAACAUGAAGUUGAAGGACUGGAACCCGAAUCGCUUCUCCGUGUUGUGCAUCAAUCAUUUCGAGGAACAACACAUCGACAGGACGGGCAAAUGUGUGAAGCUUCGGGAAGAUGCAGUUCCCACCAUAUUCUCAUCUCCUGGCAAAACACAGAAAAGAGAGGCUUCCAGUGACCCAAGAAGAAAGAGAUUCAAGUCAGCUGGUGCUAAAACCUCACGGACGAGUCCAGCUCCGUCUCCAACGAUCACUCCUUCCACGGCAAAGAGAAGAGCCCAAAGCGAAGAGCCAAGCCCGGCUGAGGAAGAGCCUACUGGGGACAAAGACCCCCAAACGUCACAUGACAAGUGGAGGAUUAUAGUAGAUGAAGGACUGAUGAAGAUAGAGUCAUUUCCACACUUCUUCCAUGGCGAUUACUGCGCACCACGGGGUAUUCAGUGGGCUCCGGAUGACGAUUUGAGUACCGAGUGGGAAGCCUCGGAGAAGGUGAUGGAGGUGAAAGAGCCGUGGCAGUGGCUCGGUCUGGACGUCAGGGGGCCGCUGCCCCAAACGCUGAACGCACACCGCUACAUCUUGACUGUAACGGACUACUUCUCCAAGUGGGUGGAGGCCGUGCCCAUGCAGUCGUGCCUCCCUGAGGACGUCGUGAAGAACGUGGUUGACAUCAUCGCCCACUUUGGGUACCCGAUUAGGAUACUCUCCAGACUGCCUCAUGGCAUAGUCCACAAAAUCAACAGAGAACUGAAAGAUCAGCUGAAGGUCACCGUCGCUCUCGUUGUCUACCAUCAGCAGACGGGCACCAUGGAUUUAAUCACGCAGCAACUGAUUGACAGGAUGGUAAGCGAUCUGGUAGAGGAGCACGCGGCCGACUGGGACGUCUAUCUGCCCGCCAAGGUGUUCAGCCUGUGUUUCAGGGAGCACGCGAAGACCAAGGAGAGGCCCUUUUCUGUGCUGUGCUGUAGGGGACUGGAGCCCGUCCAAUCCCCCAGAGGACUGGACUACGCUUACUCCAAGAUCCAAGAGAGUGCUUUCGUUAUUCGAUAGAUAUCUACAGUUUAUUUGGCCGAUGGAUGUGGAGUUCGGUACGGGUCUUGUUUUUAUUAACACAUUGGGGAGGAAGAGUAUUUUCCGGUCAUAGAAGCGUUCUGACUUUGUCGAGGACGGCAAUGGAAAAGUGCAGGAAUUCUUCAGGCCUUACGGCCACACGGGGAAUGUUUACAUCAUCGGUCACUCUGCCAAUGACAUUUCAAAUCAGUUCAGUCCAGAUUAUGUGUUUCGACCUGUUUCUUGUACCAGUAUCAGCACAGUGGAAGUGCGUUUUCAUGCUCGUAUCAUUGUUUUGAAAUUCAUCUUUCAUAUCAGACUGCCACAUAUUACGUCAAUGUGUCCUGCUAAAGUGAUGCUGGAAGAGCAAAAGAAAAUGAAUACAGGUCUUUACCAGAUAAGAGAUCUUAGUUUAACCUUUAAACAUUUAAGUUAUAAGCAUUUAUUUGUACUCUGGGUGCUGUGGCUGAUUUUCGGCCUUGUUCCAUCAGUGUUUUGUGAACCCGAUGAAUCCUCACCCAGUUCUCUCAGUUGGCAAAUCCAUCUCUCUGUAUAUGAAAUGUAAAACAUGUAAAUAAACAUGCUUUAAAUAAGAA